CUGUGAAUCAUAACAAAGAGCCCUGGAUGGAGGAGAGGAGACAGUAGCAAAGGACCCAGUUUCAACAAGAAUUCCAGGCUUUGUUUCUGAGAGAGAAACUGAGAGAAGAACAAUGAGAAGAAUGAAUUCGUUUGUGAUAAAUGCACCCCAGGGUCUGUUAUCAUUCAGGGAUGUGGCUGUGGACCUCUCACAGGAGGAGUGGGAAUGUCUAGACUAUGCUCAGAGGGCUUUGUACAUGGAUGUGAUGCUGGAGAAUUACAACAAUCUACUCUUUGUGGAGAAUCAUUGCACAUUUGGUAAAUAUGAGACAGUUUUGGAUCAAAGUACAAAGCUCAUUGUUCAGGGUCAUGUGAAUAUCCAAGAAGAGCGUUCUCAAUAUAAUGGACUUGGAAAAGUUAUUCAUGAAUCUUCUGAAAGUACACCGUAUGACAGAAAUGACAUUGCAGAAAACUGUGAGGACUGUUUUUUUAACCACAGAGAUGCCUCUUUUGAAUCAUUAAACACAGACAGACAUAAUCGUGAGGACACUGGAGAAGAACCUUACAAAUACAAAGAAAGUGUAAACUUUUUAGAUUUGUGUUCCAUCACUAGUCAAAAUCAAAGACUCCACACAGGAAAUGAAGAACACAAAAAUACAGAGUAUGGUAAAGAUUUUGACUCUAAAGAUAUACUCACACUGAAACGAGCCAGUAGUGCAAAGAAGCCACAGCAAUGCAAGAAAUGUGGGAAAUGGUUCAAGAUGUACUCAAGCCUCAGUAGACAUCAGAGAGCUCAUGCUAGAGAGAAAUCCUAUAAAUGUACAAAAUGUAGUAAAUCCUUUCUGUAUAUGUCCCAUCUCAAUGUACAUUACAAAGUCCACUGUGGGGAAAACCCCUACAAAUGUACCGAAUGUGGUAAGUGCUUUCUUCUUGCAUCAGACUUGGAAAGGCAUUACAGCUCCCACAAUGGAGAAAACACUUGCAAACCUAGUGAUUGUGACAAAUCCUUUGUCUGCUACUCAGGUCUUACAAAACAUCAGAAUACUAAUGGAGGAGAGAGUCUUCCUGAAUGUAAACAAGAUACUGGAAUGUUCUAUACAUGGUCACACCUUGAAUACCAUGGUCAAACCUAUACAGGAGAGAAGCUUUACAUAUGUAAUGAAUGUGGUAAAUCCUUUUCUAGAUUUUCUGAUCUGAAAAGACAUCAGAGAAUUCACACAGGUGAAAAAUACUACAAGUGUAAUGAAUGUGAGAAAUCCUUUACCCAGAAAGUCAGUCUCAGAGCUCAUCUGAGAAUACAUACAGGAGAGAAACCUUACAAAUGUAGUGAAUGUGACAGAUCUUUUACUCAGAAUAGCCAGCUUAGAGUUCAUCAGAGAACACAUACAGGAGAGAAACCUUACAAAUGUAAUGAAUGUGAGAAAUCUUUUAUCCAGAAUAGCCAUCUUAGAGCUCAUCAGCGAAUACAUACAGGAGAGAAACCUUACAAGUGUAGUGAGUGUGACUUUACCUGUGGCUCUCAUCUUAGGAGACAUCAGAAAAUACAUACAGGAGAGGACACUUACAAAUGUAAUGAAUGUGAGAAAUCCUUUACUGAGAAAAGCGGUCUUAGAACUCAUCAGAGAAUUCAUACAGGAGAGAAACUUUAUAAGUGUAGUGAAUGCAACAAAUCCUUUACCCGGAAUGGUUCUCUUAUAGCUCAUCAGAGAAUCCAUACAGGAGAGAAACCUUACCAGUGUAGUGAAUGUGACAAAUGCUUUACCCAGAAAAGCAAUCUUAGAACUCAUCAGAGAAUUCAUUCAGGAGAAAAGCCUUACAAAUGUAGUCAGUGUGAGAAAUCUUUUAAUCAGAAAGUUGGCCUUAGAACACAUCAAAGAAUUCAUACGAGAGAAGCCUUACGAAUGUAAAGCAUGCAGAAAAGUUUGACAUGUUUCUUGUGUAAGAAAUCACGUGAAAAUUCAUAACUGUGAAGAAAAAUUUCCAUUGAAAAUAAUGUGGCAUUUGCUUUCACCAAACUCUGCCAUAACUGCAGGUGGAGCUUUGUAGUAGAGAAUCAUGAACAGGGAAAACUUGUGAAAAUGUUUAAAUAAUGUUUAAUCCUGGAAACAAAAAUUUAUGCUGAGGGAAAUUCUGAAAAUGUGACAAUGUAGGAACAUUUUCAUUAAUUAAAACUUUUACUUGUUUAACCUCAAAUACUCAUAAUGAAGAAACUGGAAGAACAAAAAUAUAUUGUUAUGUAACAGCUUUCUAGAGAGUGAAAUGAUUCACUCUGAAGGGAAGUUGAAUAAAGCAUAACGUAGAGCUUAAAGCUCCAAAGAGCUUCAAGAAAUCCCUGAAACUGACAAGAUUGGGUAUGCUUAACCCAAAUGAAGAAACUCAGACAAAUCAUGCCCCUUAGGAAGAAGAUUUGACAAAUUGAGUCACCAAGACUGGCUGUUCUUUAACCUGUAGAUAGCCUGUGUUUGCUCUGGGUAUCCAGUAUUCAUUAAGUAUAUCCUAUGCUGGUUGGACUUUAAUAAUGCCAACUGUUUUUUUGUUUG